UUGUCGAUUCGCGUUUUUUUUCUUCUCUCGAAUUAUAACUAACUUAUAAUGGCUGCCAUUAACCCGUAGUUUAUUCGCGUGACGUUUGGUCACUAAUCGUCAACAGCAAGGAUCUGUGUAGCAAGCAAAUCUCUCGGAAAAUACGCACUUCGUUCGUUCGUGAUCCGCGUGUCCCGCUUCUUUCGUCGAUUGUUCUGUUUUGACCGACAAUUUCGUCGAAGGUGCAAUACCGUGUCUCUGUCGGUAACCGUUCGAUCUCGCGUCUGAAAUUUCGGAUUGUCAUAUUUUUCGGGAAGUUGAUCGAAAUUUCUGCGCAAUGGCGAAACCGUAAGAAGGUAGUUCACCUCAAGACUCACAGCCGGAAACGGAAAGGAUUGUUUUGUAAUUCUUUUUAUGACUGUGAUUACCAAAAAGUGCGACAAGAUGUCGAAAUAAUUUACGACCCAGUGUGUUUUUACCUUGAUCGUUUUGCGAUCGUCUACUUAAGAAGAAACCUAAGUGAAAGACUAGAUAAAAUCAAUUAAAAUUAAAGCCAACUCAUAUCAGGCAAGAUACCGAAGUCAAGCUUCGGUAUAUAAGUGCGUAUCAUAACGUCGUUUAAAAGCGCCAUGUGUGUAAGAUUUCCGUAAAAAUAUUAAAUUUAAACAAACUGUUACCUCGCGAGUGUGUGCAAAGUAUUAAAACGAAUACGGACCUAAAAACAAUCAAACUGGAGGCUAAACGUACAAUGAGACCAAGCAAAUCGCUGAUCAUAAGGAAGUUCAAGCGCAAUCGUAUCAGAACAGUUUUACAAAGGUUAACCUCGACAAGCGGGGGGAAUUGCAUAGUGGAUCGAAAGCAUCUUCUUAUGAAAGUACCCUAGAUUCAGACUCAAAGCGUAUUAAGUGCAUUUUUAGUUGUAAAGUUGGUAGUGCUGCGAUAUGAGCUAUAUGAGUGGCCGUGAUCAACGACUCCACGCUGAAGAUGGCAGCGAUGGUGAACAACCAAAACAGCACCAACCAUUACAAUCAAUUCAACAACCUAGUCAACAACAACAACAACAAGCUCACAAACUGUCACCAACUCAACAACAGCAAAGUCAACAUCAACAGCCACAACCUUCCCAAGGGAGGAACCGGCUGUUGCAAAGUUCUCAGUGGAGCAAGAGCUACGAUUCGGUUAUCAACUAUUGGAACACUAGUGGACCUGCCGCCGCUGUAGCUACCGCUGCUGGAUAUCAGCAGCAUUACGGUGGCUAUGCACCACCACCUCCUCCUUACCAUCACAGCCAGCAGCAGCAACAGCGACAGCUAACACCGCCACUGGCGCAUCCCAUUUCGCCUACUAGUCCUCCCGAAUCAAGCCAAGCUCAACCUUCGUCUCAGUCGCCACCGGCGGCUUCGGCUAAUAUGUUGCAGCAACAGCUCCACCAACACCCUCUGUCAUCCUCAUACCAUCACCCGAUGCACCACUAUGUACAGCAUUCCCCCGCCCAGUUACGAGGUACCAGCAAGUCGACGGCCCAGUCAUCCGUAAAACACAACGUCAGUCCCAGUUCGACGCUCGCGUCCAAACUACACCGCAAAGUAUUACGGAUACCGUCAAAGCGAAUUCCCGGCCGAAUCCACUCGGGUAAACUCGCGUCCGUGGCCAGUAAACUGACUGCUACGAAACAGCGGCUUCAACAACAGCAACAACUUCAACAUCAGCAACAACAUACCCAGUUCAGCCUCCAGCAACAACAACAACAGCAGCAACGUCCUCCAGCGUCGACCAACUGUGAUAACUCGAACGACUCCGGUCUUGGAUUUGACCGGGGGCUCGACAGUAACCCUUUGACGGCUGCCCAAAUCCACAACCACCAUUCAGCGACAACGACGACUACGAGCACUUCGCUUGGCAGCGGAAUUGGCAGGCCAAUCCACCACAGCAGCAGCAGUAGCUCCAGCUUCCUAUCCGGUGGAAAUGAAGACGCAAUCGAAGAGAACGAGUUUGUCGUCGUCAGUGGCCCUUCGUUCGGUGCCAUCAGCCGCAGCGGCAGUACCGCCAGUGUCAGUUCCCUCAAACGGUCCCACCUAGAGCUGGAAGAGUCGAAAACCUACAUGGGAGGAGACCUACUAACAGUGAGCACGGCCAGCGGCGCAGUCAUCCAUACGGUGACGGUUCCGCAGAAGAUCAUUAUCCCGGUUAUUGGGAAAUCGCUGGUUGGCGGCCGUGAGGCGGCGACCAGCAAAUCGACCAUUACAAUCGCACCACCAUCCUCACCUUCAUCCAUUACUAAUAAUAGUGCGUCAUCGAGCGGUAGUACAACGACAGUAGGACCAUUAUUACCAUCCAGUUUGCCGGCAUCGAGCGUGGUAGUGACAAGGGCGGCGGCGGCGGCAGCAGCGACGCGGGCUCCGGCCGCGAAAGUGAUGUCCUCGUCACUAACGCGUCCCCUCUCCGGUCGGCUCCCGGGCAAGAGGCCACCGUUACUCCAGUCUGCCCUCACCGGCGGUGGUAAUGCCUCCGCGACCUUCACCAGCAAUUCGUCCGAUGUGAUCACCACCAUGCAGUCGCAGCUGCCCUGCUCGACACGUAACGGCCGAGUACAGCUACAGAUUCUGACCCAACCGGAACAGCAGCACCGCGCUCGCUACCAAACGGAAGGAUCACGCGGUGCCGUCAAGGACCGCGGUGGCAACGGAUUCCCAGCGGUCCGUCUGGUCGGCUAUAAUAAACCGGCCCUACUGCAGGUGUUCAUCGGAACCGACAUGGGCCGGGUGCUGCCGCACAUGUUCUACCAGGCGUGCAAGGUCUCCGGCAAGAAUUCGACGCCAUGCGUCGAACGCAAGCUCGAGGGUACUAUGGUCAUCGAGGUGGACAUGAAGCCGGAAAAUGAGAUGACAGUAACGUGCGACUGCGUUGGCAUUCUGAAGGAACGUAACGUCGACGUGGAACAUCGAUUUCCGGACCAAAGUGGACCACGGGCCAAAAAGAAGUCCACCCGCUGCCGAAUGGUGUUUCGAACGACCGUUACGAACGAAGACGGGUCGAUCGAAAUGCUACAGGUGUGCUCCCAGCAGAUUGUUUGCACUCAACCGCCUGGCGUGCCGGAAAUCUGCAAGAAAUCUCUAGUCUCCAGUCCGGCCGAGGGUGGUCUCGAAAUGUUUAUAGUCGGCAAAAACUUCCUAAAAGAUACCAAGGUGGUGUUUCAGCGGCGCAAGGCUCCGCUCGGGGCCAGCUCCUCCAGCAAAACCUCGAUCAAUGUCAUGCCGUGGGAGCAGACGGUCAUUCCGGACAAGGAAUACCUCCAACAGACUCACCUGAUUUGCACGGUCCCGCCAUACGUUAGUCAGGAUAUUCUGGAACCCAUAGUAGUACAAAUAUUCAUCGUUUCCGCGGGCAAGAAGAGCGAAACGCAUAACUUUACCUACACCCCAAAAGGGCACCAUACGGCGCUGACGGCAGCCACAACGUUGGGCUCUCCCGGUGCGGGGAGUUCCUUUUUUGGAUCGCUAUUGUCCGCCAGUGUCGGAAAUCCCGUCGAUGAUGUAUCUGCCAGUGUCGGUGUCGGAGGGGGGCUACUGGGUGGCAGUAGUGCCGGUAGUAGUGGUAGUACCCUCCUAGGAGCACUCGGAUCAGGAACCAGCGGCGGUGGUAAUACUGGCGCUGCAACAAGCUUCAAUGCCCUAAAUUCUAGCUUUAGUAGCCAGCCGAGCGAAGAUUCUAUCACAUCAUUGGGCGAUGUUUCGGCCGUGCGGAAAUCACUGCUCUUCUGGGGAUCCCAACAGGUGGCGCAGGCCGUUCAGGAUAAGCUAGAUACGGGUAUGAUGCCACCGCCGGUACACGUCUUGCAGCUUCCGGCCAUGACGGCCGUGAGUACAGGUCGAAGGCCUUCACUUGUGGGCGAACAGCUUGCCAUGUCAUCUCCGCCGAGUUUCAAAACCGAGCUUAUAGACGAGAGCAGUCGAAGUCCGGGAAAUGAUGAUUCACUGGAGCGAUUUCCCGAAUCGACCGACAACUCAAUCGAUAAUAGCCAAAUCAUGUAUCGAAGGCGUAGCGUUCGGCAACCAAGCAUGGAUCUUAUGGAAGAUAGUUCCAGUAUGUCCAUGCUGGUAGCCGAAAAUAGUGCAAUGGACGUUGGGUCCGUGUCUAGCGCGAUAGUUGGUUUCCGGGGUGGGCUUAGCACACUGAUGGAAACGAACGAGAUGAGCAACUCAUCGACGUCCCCGGCUUCCGAACUGAAGGUGAUGGACCUGUGCAUUAAACAUGAAACCAACCACCUUUCUUCCGCGAGGAAUCAAAUCGAACGUAUGAUAACCACAUCCAGUGCCCCGAUAGACACUCUAAACCAGGUAGAUCAAAUUAAAUCCCAAUAUAAAGUAGAAGAUAUGAUAGGUAGCGCUGUUCAACAGACGGGCACACAGGUGAUAGAAUCAACCUUGGCCAGCAUUGUCAAUAGUCAACAGGCUUCGACAGCCAUGAUGGAUCUGGGAUCAGUAAUGUCACUCCCCAGCAGCAAUACAUCUGUGCACUCUCCAGUAGCAACCGCAACAUCAAUGUUGCACAGUGAUAUCACAGGCAACAGCGUUCCUGCUAACCGAUCACCCCUAUCUCAGGAUGUGAUGCUGAACUCACAAACCCCAUUGUCAGUUAACUCUCCAGCGAAUCUCGUUCUCGCAACAACUCCCUCACCCAAUGACGUAAGUCCGCAUCCGCAUGCUUCCAUUUCACCGGAACUCAUUCUAAAUCCAACGGUAUCGCCUUCGUCGAUGAUCUGCUCACCGUCAAAUGCAACAGUAGCCGCUACGGCAGCCGCCGCUGUUGCUGCGGCCGCGGCUGUCUCCGAAGGCAAACAUUUGCUGACGAACCAAGUGCUGAACAACAUGGCUGUUGUCGCUGCUAACAUAAUCGAAUCCCAACCCAAGGAAACCACUCAAGCUGUGCAGGACAUUAUCCUCAAUGCGGCUGCCGAAAUUCUAACCUCUCAAGAACCCUCGGUCACCACUCAGACGACGAUCAAUGCUUUGAUCACGAUGAACGCACAGGAAAUGAUGACUACCUCCUGUCAACCACAGACUCAUAUAAUGAAUUCCCAACACAACAUUCUACCUCAGUGCCAACCGACACCCAUGGUUUCAGAUUCUAUGGAAAGCGCCUUACAACAACAGCAACAACACCAACAACAGCAACAACUUGUACAAACCCUCAUAACAGAAAACAUUCAACAUCAAACCCAACUGCAGCAACAGCAACAACAAGCAACCGAAUCUCUACUGGUGAACUUAGCCGUGGCCCAGCAGCAGCAGCAGCAACAACAACAACAUCAGCAGCAACAACUGCAACAACAACAGCAACAACAACAACAGCAACUACAACAACAACAACAUCAGCAACUACAACAACAUCAACAUCAGCAACAACUACAACAACAGCAUCAACAGCAGCAGCAACAACAACAACAACAGCAGCAGCAACAGCAACAGCAGCAGCAACAACAACAACCCCUUCCAGAACAAAUGGAUAUAGGCAAUGCAAUCAUACCGCUAACAGUACAACCACCUCAACAACCCAUGGACACAACGGGUCCAAUUCUUCCCACCAACCUGAUGCUGCAACAACAACGACAACAACAAUCCCCACCGAUAAUUCCAACUGUUAUUGCCCAGCAGCAACAACAACAACAACAACAACAACAACAACAACAACAACAACAACAACAACAGCAACAACAACAACAACAACAGCAACAACAACAACAACAACAACAGCAACAACAACAGCAACAACAACAACAACAACAGCAACAACAACAGCAACAACAACAGCAACAACAACAACAACAACAACAACAACAUCAACAACAGCAGCAAGUUGCACAGCUUUCAUCACAACAACAAACGCAGCAGAAGCAACAACAGACUACGGUGACAACUGCUGCCAAUAUACCGCAAGAACUGACCAACAUGUCGGACAACGAUCUCAUCAGCUUCAUUAAUCCGAACGCGUUCGAUGGAGCCGGUUUGGUACCAAGUUUAGACUGGAUCAACGACGGUUGGCAACGACAAGGUGCAAACGACCGGUCGGCGACGAUGCAAUCCAUGGCACCGCAGUCGACGCCACCAUCAUCAGCACGGCCAAACAGCUUCAGUUGGAAGAAAUGCUAUUAGAGAUAAUACAAAUAGGCGUAAUCGUUCUCCGCCAACAUCGGGAGCCGUGAAGGUGAGUAUAACGAAUUUGGACAUUUAUACAACAACAACAAAAAAAACGUGAGCAAAAAUGUAUUACACGGUAAAAGAAACAAAACAAAAACUUGAAAUACCUGGUAGGUAGUUUACAUGAUUUUUCUUUCCGCGAGAAAGAAGACAACGAAAAAAAAAGAACUUUUGUUGCUGUAGAUCCCGUUUUAGGUUUUUCGUCCUGAGAAUGUGUGAGCUUUAUUAUUUGUUGAAUCAACAUAUUAAACUAAAUCAGAUGUUUUGAAAGAAGAGAAAAAAAAAGGUUGUUGGCACUUAAAAUAUCUAGCAGAAUUGAUAAAAAUAAUGUUUGGAAAUUCUUUUGAAAAUAAAGAAAGCUUUUCUCUCAGUGUGUCGUCAAAAUUAUUCACUGCAGUCAACUCUCCCGUACUCGAAAUUGAAGUUGAACUCGAGUAUCGAGUUUAGAAGAAAUCGAGUAAGGAAGUGUUGACUGUACAUUCAACAGUGCUACAUUUUAUGAUUCGAAAAAAAAAUACACGUAAAUGGGCGCUGUUUGUACUUUGCAGCCCAAAGAUAACUUUAGAAAAGUAACAAAAUUUAAAAUCUAAAUUUAGUAAAAUUUUAGCCUUAUCAUAGUGUCUAGAUGAAAAUUUUAAAGUUAUGAGUGUUUGAGAGGAAAAUUUUAACGGUAAAAUAUUUUUGGUAAGUACACACAUACACAUGAGUAGUACAUCAUUCGGGAUUGUUCUUCUUUUCAAAUAAAAAUAAAUAAAUACAAUUUAGGUCAGAACCAAGCAAACAAACAAACUACAAAGCCCGCACCACACAGACUGCCAUACAGAGUUUAGGGAAACAUUUAAAUAUAUACAAACAAAGUUAUACUGAGAGGGAGAGAUAGAAAUAUGAAAUAACUUCACAAACAGUUACACACUCGGAUGGAUUCUAUUAAAUUGAAGCUGGGUCGAAAAGUUCGUUUUCCGCGCAACAAAUGUUUCUUUUCCUGGAAAGCUGUCCUCGAUUCAGUUGCAUGGAUGUUUCUGAGUUUGUGCAUGCUUUUAACGAAUGAAAUAAAAAAAAAAUAUUGAAACCGAUUUCUAGUUGAAAUAGGAUUUUUGUUUGUAUUUGAUUUUCAAUGCAAAAAAAAAAAUAGUUACCUUACACCUCGAGAUCAUUCGAAGCAAAACAAUUCAAUAUAGGGCUGUGUCAAAACUGGAAAGGUCUGUGCAACAAACCGGGACGAAAAUUCGCUCCUCGAAAGAGUAUGAUGCGAGUGACAAUUUUCCCAACUACAACAAAAAAAAAAUACAUCCUGCUGCAGGACAUUUUUUACCCAGUGUGGAUAUGAUGUUGAUGAAACAGAAUGAAUUGAUGAUAUUAAUAAACAUGGGAACAUGAAACAGUACCCAAAUUUUUUUUUUUAAUUAUUAUUGUAGUGUCGAACCCCACAACAACGUCUUUGCUUUGUUUUAGCUAUAUUAAUAUACUGCCCUUAUACACAUAACUAUCCUGUUUUCUGUGAAAUUUUUAUGAAACGUGGGACAUUUAUGCGUACAUCGGUAGUAUCACUUAGGAUUUAAGUUUACAUUUCUGUUGUUAGAUUUGUCGUAUCUUUUCGUUGUUGUGUACAACAGCAACAGCCCUAAUUUAAUAUUGCUUAGGAAAAGUAAGCGUAAAACCUCUCGAGAAGCAAGGUCGAACUCCGAGUUCACUAGGGUUUAGAAGCAUAUAAAUAUAAAAUCGUAUAUUGUUAGGCCCACAAUUUUUGUUUGCAAAUGGUUGUUAAGUUUAGUAACGAAGUAACCAAACAAGAAUAGGAUGCAAAAAGUAUUCAUAGAAAAUUUGCAGAAAUAGACACAUACAACGAUACAACAGUAAAACCGUCAGUAGCAAAGUCAAUUUGAAAGAAAAAAAGGCUAACUUCUAUUAAAUAAAAUAAUUUAAAUCUUGGUAUCGAUCGUAUUUUGCUACUUCUAUAUGAAUUAAUUGUAUUGGUGUAUUUUCAGAAGCUAAAAAUAAAGAAUUCUGUCUGUAUUGU